AUCAUUGAUUAUGCGAUUCUUUAGAAGAAUUGCGGGGCUUCUGGGGUUUGCAAGAGACGAUGGGCACGAAGUGAAACACCAAGAAAACGAGCACCAAAACAACAACAACAACAAGAAUAAUCCACCACCUAACUACCGUCCCAUUUCCCAUGAAACUGGCCUUCCUCAAAGGGGCGCCGUCGAUCGUCCCCAGCCUGGCCAUGUCCUCCUCCCCUGCGCUUACGGUGAUGGCGGCGUCCAGGGACUGAAAUGGUAUGCAAAGCGUCUUAGAAUAGAUGAAGAUGGAGAUGUAGCAGACGAGUUCCUUGAUGAAGUAUUGCCUAAAACAUCUGGCGCAGCUAGUGCAGAAAAUGAGCAGAAGCCAUUCCCAAAGUUUGAAGUGCAGUACAGUACCAGACCAGCCAAGGUGAAGAACCAGGCCAUAUCCCAUGAUGGUAAAAUCCAGCAGCAUGCGGAAUACCAAGGAAGAUUGCAAUGGGUAUGAUUGUUGGUAUAUUUCAUUUGUU